CCCCACGACGGUUAUAUAUAAAUUCAAUCUAGGCACCUUAACUUUUACUAUCGAUAAUUAUCAUACACAACGCGCAAAACAGGUUGUUUUUCUUCACUCAAAAGUAAUAUUGGCAAAAUGGGAGAUACUCAGCAUUUAACUAUUGGUUCCACCAAGCCCAUAUUUCCGGAUGAUGGGAUUUUAAAGCUGUAUUCCAUGCGCUUUUGUCCAUAUGCACACCGUGUGCACCUGGUCCUGGAUGCCAAAAAGAUACCCUACCACGCUAUCUAUAUCAAUCUUCGCGAGAAACCCGAAUGGUUCCCCAUGGUGAGCAGCUCCACAAAGGUGCCGGCACUGGAGUUGGUCAAGGAACCGGAAAAUCCUGUGCUGAUCGAGUCGCUCAUUAUUUGUGACUACCUGGACGAGAGGUAUCCGGAGGUGGCAUUGUAUCCCAAGGAUCUCCUUAAGAAGGCCCAGGAGAAGAUUUUAAUCCAACGUUUCGGACAGUUCAUUACCGACUUCUACUACCUGGUGCAACACGAAAAUCCCGAGCAGCUGGUCGACACAGAUCACUACGCCGGACUGGUCGUUUACGAAGAGGAACUGAAGCAACGUGGUACCAAGUUCUUCGGUGGCGCCAGCCCAGGUAUGCUAGACUACAUGAUGUGGCCCUGGUGCGAGCGUUUCGCCUCUUUGAAGUUCACUUUUGAUGAUAAAUACGAAUUGAGUCCGGAACGUUUUCCAACUUUGAUUAAGUGGCGCGAUUUGAUGCUCCAGGAUCAUGCUGUCAAGUGUUUCUAUCUGGAUGGACAGACCCAUGCCAAGUACAUAAACUCCCGGCGAUCGGGCAACGCCGAUUACAAUAUGCUAUAUAAUGAGGCCAAACGUGUUAAAUUGGGCUAGUCUACUGGUUGAAGGCAUUUACACUUCAGCAUUGUAUAUAUUUUUGCACAUAGAAUUAUGUAACUAUUGCAACAGCCGUAUUGUGAUUGAAAAAUAAAUCCAUGCAUUUUUACUGUUAAAA